UUGCUGCGUAUGGGGGACGUUGCGUCGAGUGUUUACGCGCGUAAUGGCGGCGGACAGGCUGUGAUGAGCCUCGGCGGAGAAACACAGCCAGCGAUCAGCCCUCGGUCAGUUUCCACAGCGGCGACACGGAAGAACACGAACAUGCAGAUCACGCUGAAAACCCUCCAGCAGCAGACGUUUAAAAUCGACAUCGACGCGGAGGAGACGGUGAAGGCCCUGAAGGAGAGGAUCGAGCUGGAGAAGGGGAGAGAUCAGUUCCCUGUGGCGGGGCAGAAGCUGAUAUAUGCAGGAAAGAUCCUGAGCGAUGACACGGCUCUGAAGGAGUACAAGAUCGAGGAGAAGAACUUUGUGGUGGUGAUGGUAGCAAAGCCCAAAGCGUGUCCUGCUGCUCCAGCGGUCAGCACAGAGUCCUCCAGCACUACACCAGCCCUGACCCCUCCAUCAGAAACACAGUCUGAGAGCAGGACUGAAGAGGAGACGCCCCCCAGCGGCGCCGAGACCUCCCCUACACCCGCCAGCUCUGUGCUGAACGCAGACAUCUUUGACGAGGCGACGUCAGCGCUGGUGACCGGUCAGUCCUACGAGAACAUGGUGACAGAGAUCAUGCUGAUGGGAUACGAGAGAGAGCGAGUGGUGGCCGCACUGAGAGCCAGUUUCAACAACCCUGACCGCGCCGUGGAGUACCUGCUCACGGGUAUCCCGGCGGAGAGUGAGGGUGGUGUGGGCGGGGCUGACCCCGUGGCUCCUCCUCCUGUAGUGUCCACAGGCCUCUCUUCAGUGUCCAGCAGCGCUCCGUCACAGACCAGCACAGGAUCAGCCGCUAAUCCUCUGGAGUUCCUGAGGAACCAGCCCCAGUUCCUGCAGAUGAGACAGAUCAUCCAGCAGAACCCGUCUCUACUACCAGCUCUCCUACAGCAGAUCGGCAGAGAGAACCCUCAGCUGCUGCAGCAAAUCAGCAGUCAUCAGGAGCAGUUCAUCCAGAUGCUUAAUGAGCCGGUGCAGGAGGCGGGGCAAGGAGGUGGAGGGGGCGGGGCCGAGGCUGGAGGCGGAGCCAUGAACUACAUCCAGGUCACACCUCAGGAGAAAGAAGCUAUCGAGAGGCUAAAAGCCCUUGGAUUCCCAGAAGGACUCGUUAUACAGGCCUACUUUGCCUGUGAGAAGAAUGAAAACUUGGCUGCAAACUUCCUCUUACAACAGAACUUUGAUGAUGAUUAGAGGAAUCCCUUCUUAUGGGCUUUUGUUUUUCAGUGAUCAUUUUUGAGAAGAGAAUCUACACACACACACACACACACACACACAGGCUGUGGUAUUCUGUCUGAUUCUACACACUGGAUGACAUGAGCACGUCCGUCUGUUAUUCUUCUAACACUCGUCUGUGUGAGACCUGUCUGUUCCUCAUUUGUUCCUCAUAUGACCAAUAAAAGCAUCGUUUCCUCCAUCGUUAGGACACAUUAGCAGGUCCAAGGGGCUCGUGAAGUUAGGGAAUCUGGACAUAUUUGAUUUGAUUCAAAUUGGUUUUCAGAAAUGUUCGGUCAUUUAGAGUUUCUAGUUCUCAUCUCUCAACAUUCACUGUCUCCAAUACAUUUAACACACACGCCUCCUCGAAAUCAUACUUUCACAUUUGUUUCUCAGACUUCUAAAGUCUUUUUCUUCAGGUGUGAUGCCAUAUCGUUUCAGAAGGAAAGAUUUGACAUUAUAUUUGACAGUGUUGCAGUGCUGUCGUGUGUCCUCCAGAGGGCGCUGUUGACCGCGUGACCCGUGCAUAACAUACAGACAUUUGGCUUGACUUACACUAUUUUAUAAAAAACAAUAUAAAAAAAUUUAAAUAAAUACGUAAGCCUGUUAAAGCAUGUCUGAAAUCUCAUCUCAUGAUAUACCAGUAAAUCCUCUUUUGUUAAUUGA